AGUUUACAGGAUCUCUUGUGAAGAGAAAUUUUACCAAAUAUUGCUGGCAAAUGGAAGAAGCCGCAGCAAAUAUAACGAGGACUACUUUGGAGGAAUUGAAAGAAACUCGCGAACAAAUAAGAACACGUAGAGAUCGUUUUGAAAAAAAAAUCAAACUAAUUAAUAACGAUGGCAGCUCGGAUCUUCGUAACCAGACGUCCAACCAACGCGCGAAUUAUGCAAUCGGAUUUGACACCCGCUGCACGGCGCGGUCGUCUUCCACUUCAGUUACUGGAACCACAGCCGUCACAACCAAUUCAAAAGAGCCGUCUUGUGUGGUUUAUGAAAAACUUAUAUUGGAUUAUUUUGCGAACAAUCUACACUGCGACAACUCGUUCCCAAUAGAUUCCUAUGGUAUACUAAAAAGGCUCGCAUCCUGGCAAGUCAAGCACUACAUUCCAUUUACACAGACUUCUCUAAAUAAUCUUGAAUCGGCACUCAAAAUAUUGUCAACUACGUGGGGACCAAGUUUUAUAUCAAUCAAGGACAAUAAAUUGAGUGAAAAGAAAAGAUUAAUAGUAGAAGAAGUCGACUUUACCAAGUUAAACAUGAUCAAAGUGAUCGAAAGUUCUUUGGAUUUAGAGAAAGCUUCUCUCGAAAAAGUAUUGUUAUCAUCUACAUCAACAGUAAAUAAUAGAAAAAGGCGUAAGAUUGAAGAUACACAUGAAGAAGAUUCUGCUGUAAAACAAAUCAACGAACUUCUGUCUAAACCAACAUUUAACGAAUCACAAGAAACGGCCUUGUUACAUAAAAUGAGUAUAAUGCUAAAUAAAAAAUCGGCACAAGACAAGCUCAUAAUAGAUAUGUUUCGAUCAACAAAUAACUCAUUCAGGGAAUUCUGUGUGCAUGGAACUAAAUCCGAUUGUUGUAAGAUCAGAAAAGCGUCCAGAGCAUGCAAGAAGCUUCAUUUUAGACCAAUGAUUCGACCUCAUACAGAACUGGAAUUGGGCGAUUGCUCUUAUUUGAACACUUGUCAUCGUAUGGAUACAUGUAAAUAUGUACAUUAUGAACUAGAUGAUGAAGAAGAAAAAUGGACAUAUAUUCAACGAAAAUCAAUUCCACCUGGCGUGGUAUUCAUUCCACCAACAAAAGUGCUUCCUCCUCAAUGGAUCAAUUGUGAUGUAAGAAAAUUUGAUUUUUCAAUUCUUGGAAAAUUCACUGUAAUUAUGGCCGAUCCGCCAUGGGAUAUUCAUAUGACACUUCCCUAUGGUACCAUGACCGACGAUGAGAUGAAAGCAAUGGCGAUAUCCGAUUUGCAAGACGAGGGAUUGCUAUUUUUGUGGGUCACCGGAAGAGCCAUGGAAUUAGGACGAGAAUGCUUGACUAUUUGGGGAUACCAGCGUGCUGAUGAACUUGUUUGGAUUAAAACAAAUCAAUUACAGAGGCUUAUUCGAACAGGGCGUACUGGUCAUUGGUUAAAUCACAGCAAAGAGCAUUGUCUUGUGGGAAUUAAAGGUAAUCCGGCAGAUCUAAAUAGAGGUUUGGAUUGUGAUGUUUUGGUUGGAGAAGUAAGAGAGACUAGUCGAAAACCGGAUGAAAUAUAUGGAAUAAUCGAUCGAUUGGUUCCUGGCACACGGAAGCUAGAAAUCUUUGGUCGUAAACACAACACCCGACCUGGAUGGAUGACUCUUGGGAAUCAAUUGGAGGACGUGCGAUUAUAUGAACCCGAAUUGGUCGCUCGCUUCAAUGAACGAUAUCCUGAUGAACCUUGUGAAUUAACACAACUACCUGAAGAUUGGUAG